UCAUGCAGUGUGCCCGCACUGAUAUCGCAGCCGCAGCCAACUUCACAUUGGCUAUGACUGGUAAAAAUCUGUUUGUUGCCGACAACAUAAAAGAAAAAAGUGUAUUGUAUUAAAAAUCGAAGACCACCAAAUACAAGCUACUCAAAAUGGGACAAAACCAAUCGGCCCAGGGGGGAUCUAGUGACAAGAAGGAUGACAAAGACAAAAAGAAGAAGUACGAGCCACCAAUUCCGACUCGGGUUGGCAAGAAGAAGCGCCGCGCAAAGGGCCCCGAUGCGGCCAUGAAGCUGCCCCUGGUGACGCCCCAUACGCGUUGCCGCUUGAAGCUGCUCAAACUGGAGCGCAUCAAGGAUUACCUGAUGAUGGAGGAUGAGUUCAUUCGCAACCAGGAGCGUUUGAAGCCCCAAGACGAGAAGAACGAGGAGGAGCGCUCCAAGGUGGAUGACCUGCGCGGCACACCAAUGUCUGUGGGUAAUCUGGAGGAGAUUAUCGACGAUAAUCACGCGAUUGUGUCCACCUCUGUGGGCUCCGAGCACUAUGUUAGCAUUUUGUCGUUUGUGGACAAAGAUCAGCUGGAGCCUGGAUGCUCGGUGCUGCUGAAUCACAAAGUGCACGCUGUUGUGGGUGUCCUCAGCGACGACACCGAUCCCAUGGUUACUGUCAUGAAGCUGGAGAAGGCCCCACAGGAAACCUAUGCAGACAUUGGUGGCCUGGACACUCAGAUUCAGGAAAUCAAAGAGUCUGUCGAGCUACCGCUAACGCAUCCCGAAUACUACGAGGAAAUGGGCAUCAAGCCACCAAAGGGUGUUAUCCUCUAUGGCCCACCAGGCACAGGCAAGACCUUGCUUGCCAAGGCCGUGGCCAAUCAAACUUCGGCCACGUUCCUGCGUGUUGUCGGCUCGGAGCUUAUACAAAAGUAUCUGGGCGAUGGCCCCAAGCUUGUGCGUGAACUUUUCCGUGUGGCCGAGGAGCAUGCUCCCUCCAUUGUGUUUAUUGACGAAAUCGAUGCCGUCGGCACCAAGCGCUACGACUCGAACUCUGGAGGCGAGCGCGAGAUCCAGCGAACUAUGUUGGAGCUGCUCAAUCAGUUGGAUGGCUUCGAUUCGCGCGGCGAUGUCAAGGUAAUCAUGGCCACGAAUCGUAUUGAGACGCUCGACCCGGCGCUUAUACGUCCGGGACGUAUCGAUCGUAAGAUCGAGUUCCCACUGCCCGACGAGAAGACAAAGCGACGCAUUUUCACCAUCCACACGUCGCGCAUGACCCUGUCCACAGAUGUGAACCUCAGCGAGCUGAUCAUGGCCAAGGAUGAUCUCUCUGGCGCCGACAUUAAGGCUAUUUGCACAGAAGCUGGUCUCAUGGCACUGCGUGAGCGCCGCAUGAAGGUGACCAACGAGGACUUUAAAAAAUCCAAGGAGAGCGUCUUGUACCGAAAGAAGGAGGGCACGCCCGAGGGAUUGUAUUUAUAAGUUACACUAACACACACGAAAAUAUAUGUUCAGUUAAUUUUGAUAAUUCCCAAUCAUAUACAUUAAAACAGAUUAACGCUAGAAUCCCUGGAUACGAAUAAAUUCGCAGUUAUUGGCAAUGAUGCGGCACAUUGACCCAAUAAA